AUGGACGACACCAGCGCUGCCGCCAGGCAUGUUCCCAAUCGUGGCCCGGCCGUCUUCGCCGUUACUGUCAUUACGCUCGUCAUUGCCUCCGUCUUCGUCUUUGCGCGCAUGGUCUGCCGAUACUUCAUUGUCAAGAAAAUCACCUGGGGCGACAGAAUUAUGAUGCUUGCUUGGCUCAUUGCUUUUUUUCUCUCCUUCACUGUCGCCUUUGGCACCUUCAACGGACUGGGCAAAUAUGAUCAAGACAUUGACAUUCGCGACCUGCCAAGACUUCGCCGCUGCGAAUAUGUCUUCUCCAUCUUAUACAAUCCCGCAUUGAUGGCCGCAAAAACCAGCAUAUUACUGUUUUACUUGCGACUCGCAAAAAACACUCAGCUCGUCUUGCGAUAUGCCUCGUGGUUCACCCUCAUCGUUGUCAACCUCGCUGGAACCGUCCUUACAUUGAUGAACAUCUUCCAAUGCUUGCCCAUCCACGCCGCUUGGCAAGCCUUCUACGGCGGAACUGCCAAAUGUAUCCCACUUUUGACAGAGUUUAUUUGCGCCUCCCCCGUCAACAUUGUUACCGAUCUCGCUAUCCUCGCCCUUCCCAUUCCCGUUCUGACCGGGAUGCGGCUACCCCCACGACAAAAGACGAUCCUGAUUCUGACCUUUGCAGUCGGCAUCUUUGUCACCAUCGUCGAUGUCGUUCGUGUUUACUACCUCCAGCAAGCUAUCGGUUCUAGCUCCGUGGGUACUCAUAGCAGCGACUCUCGCUUCGGUGCUUAUGCCGAUUUCGCCUACUAUGCCUCACUGUCCCUCAUGUGGAGCGUUGUCGAGGUCAACGUUAUUAUUGCAUGCGCCUGUAUUCCAACACUCAAACCACUUGUCCUGCGACUUCUCCCAGCAAUGCUCUAUGACUACAACCGCACAGGAACCGUGACAGCUUCCAAAACUGGCCCUAGUGACCGCGAGACGGAUAGCCAAGGCGUCGCAACAGCGCAGAACAGCCCUGCCAUCCCGCAACCAGCAGCCAUGUUCUCAGCGACUGAACCGCCGGCCAACGAAGACGGCCCGAUGAGCGCAAUCGAAUUCAUUACUAUGCCAGGUAUGCGAGAGGAUCAGAUCAACUUUGACUCUCUACGUCCCUCCGGGCAAAGGACAAACGCUUUGAGUUCUACCGGCAGCGCUUCUGAAAACGGCGUCUAUUUUGGCUUCGUUAAUAUGAGGAGGCCAAAGAGUAUGCUGAAGACAAAUAUCAGAGAAUCCUUCAAAUACGGUACCUUGGUUUCAAUACUAUUCAUGCUCUGGGGAUUCUCAUAUGGCCUGCUAAAUACCCUCAACAGUGCCAUUGCCGAGGUCAACGGCAUGUCCACCGCCGAAACACUUGGAUUGACCAGUGCAUACUUCGGAGGCGGAUACUUUUUUGGCCCCCUGUUGGUUGGAGAAUGGAUUCUUCGACGUGAUGAACACAAUCGGUCCAAACGCCAUUCAAAAAAUGAAGCCGAAAAUAUUGGUGGCUAUAAAGUGACGUUCAUCCUGGGACUGUGCAUCUACGGCGUCGGAACCAUCAUUUUCUGGCCGUCGGCCGUGACAAACUCGUACGGCGGCUAUAUGCUCAGUAGCUUCGUCGUCGGGUUCGGCCUCUCCGUUCUCGAAGUCGCCGCCAACUCUUUCAUGGUUCUCUGCGGCCCACAUGCCUACGGCGAGAUGCGCUUAAUGUUGGCGCAAACAAUCCAAGGCAUAGGAAGCGUCGUCAGUGCGUUGCUCGCCCAGCGCGUCUUCUUUUCUGGACUACAGCGACAAGAUCACGAAAACUUUUCCUUGGUGAAUGUUCAGUGGACGUAUCUUGGCAUUACCUUGCUUUGCGCAGCUCUGGGCUUAUUCUUCUACUACAUGCCCCUCCCUGAGGUGAGCGACCAGGAGCUCGAAGAAUCUACAAAGUGCAUCCCCAUCAACCCCGAGAAGAAAUCAUGGUUCGGCUUACAGCUACGCACUAUCACUCUCAGCCUCGCCGUACUAGCACAGUACCUUUAUGUCGCCACGCAGGAGAGCAACAUCAUUUGGUUCGGCAACCUGGUGGCUGCUAAUGCUCACAUGAAAAGGUCUACUGCUGCUACCGGAUCAACAGUUCAUCCACAGCAGGUACAAGGCCUCAGUCUGUCUACCGCCGAUUAUCUCUUGUGUGGGCAGGCUGUUUUUACGGUUUCACGGAUUCUAGCUGCCAUUGUCUGCUAUUUCUCCGUCAGAGUACGCUGGAUUCCCAAGCCACGCACUCUAUUGACGAUUUGCGUCGUCAUCUGCUUCAUAUCAUCGAUUCUGAUGGUCACUCUGCGGCCAUCCAACCCCAACCUCAUCAUUAUCCCGGCCAUGUUUUUCUUCUUUGGCGAAGGGCCUAUCUGGCCUCUCAUUUUCGCCAUGGGCCUACGCGGCCAGGGGCGGAGAACGAAGCGGGCGGCAGCCUUCAUCACCAUGGGAGGAUCCGGCCCGGCAUUCUUCCCCUUCAUCAUGUAUGGCAUCAUCCAUACCGGAGGCUCCGCGCAGAAAGCGUUUAUUGUCAUUGUCGCCCUGCAAGUCGCCAUGAUCGUGUACUCUGGCUACCUCGACCUCUCUAAGGAUGCCAAACUUCUCAUCGACCCACAAGGCCCCUUGCAGAAAUCACGAAGAGAUGAAGAGAAACAACAAACGAACAGGGGCCAUGAUAAUGGCGAGGCCCUUGUGGCUGCGGAAACGAAACAAAUGGAAUGA